GGAUCCGGAAGUUCGCUUCGUUCCCUUCCAGUUUGUCCCUCUGCGGCUUCCAUAUUGAAUUUGAGAUCAAAAUGGCUGCCCCUAUCGACAACGAUUUAAUUGAAAGUGAUAUCCCCAAAGCGACGCAGCUGCUGAAUAAUCUCACAGAACAGGUGGCCUCAGUCACAAGUCACAUCCGUGACCUGUUAACGAAAGUCAAAAAUGGGGCAUUUAAAACCUCAAAGGGUUUGUCUUUCUUGGACCUUCGGUAUCACCUGCUGCUCUUCUACCUGCAGGAUCUCACUCACCUGAUCAGCCUCAAGACAGAGGGAGAGAAAAUUAAAGACAGCGAAGCAUUGACCAGGGUGGUCACAAUCAGAACAGUCUUGGAAAAGAUGCGACCCCUCGACCACAAACUGAAGUACCAGAUUGACAAACUGGUCCGUACAGCUGUUACCGGCCAUUUAGCUGAAAAUGACCCACUGCACCUGCGUCCUAAUCCUCAGAAUCUCAUGAGUAAACUGAGUGAAUCUGAACAGUCUGAAGAUGAGGAACAGCCAAAGGUAGCUUCAGAUAAGCCGGCAGCCCACUACAGUGGCAAGAAAUAUGUACCUCCAAAGAUUGCCCCAGUGCAUUAUGAUGGUGAUAUGACAGAAGCAGAUAGGAAGAAGGCCAAGAUGGAACGUCAGCGACGGGCAGCUCUGAGAAGCUCAGUGAUCCAGGAGCUUAGACAGCAGUACAGUGAUGCGCCCGAGGAGAUCAGGGAGAGGAGAGACUUCCAAAGCGAACGGCAGAGCCGCGAGGACAUGCACAGGAAAAACUUUGAGGAAUCAAUGAUGGUUCGCCUUAAUGUGCCAAAGGCACAGAAAAAUGCCAGGAGGAGGGGAAUGGGCAUGUCUAGACAGCUGGGCGGUAUCACACACUUCGGUGACAUCACUGCGCUGACAGGUGGUGACGAUGACCAGACUGGAGAGAUGAGUCGUCCCAAGAAGAGGAGGAAACUCAUGAAGAAAACGACAAAGCGUAAAGCUUUCAGAAAGCACAGAAGGACUUGAUGCAUGAUGCCCAACUGAAGACCAGAAUAGGAAUUCUUACAGAUUUAGUUACUACCACAGCUGUAAAGGCAUCAAAUAAGCAGUGAAAAUAAAGUUUUUAGUCCGUGGAAUAAA